UCAACAAGUCAUCUGUUUAUACUUCAGGGUUUUUUGCGUGUGUUUGUCACCAACUCCAGCCAUGUGUAUUUUUCUGUUUCUUGCAGAGGCGCCAGUCUCUAAGUCCGGUCAAGGCUACUCUGGAGGUCCCCGCAUCCAGAGGCAGGAGCAGGUCAUCCACCUGUCCCCGAAGAAGGGCAGCCAGUCGGAUGGCCCUUACUCUGGUCACUCCAGCAGCAACACUCUAUCCAGCACAGCUUCCAGCGGGGGCCAUAGCGACAGCGAUAAAUGGUACGAAAUGGGGGCGGGUGGAGCCUCCAGUGGAGACCAAGGUGAAUCAGAGCCCAACGGCUUGGGAGGAGGAGGCUACCUCCAGGGUGCCUCGGCCGACAGUGGCAUUGACACAAGCUCUUAUGGAGCCUCACAUCACGCCCACCCCCACUCUCAUCAUGGCAGCACCACCUCCCUGCUGGCUCCCAGCGGAGCCAGAGAGGGAAGGGAGCGGUCAUCAUCUCCAUGGCACAGCCCCACGGAGGGGGGUCGCAGGAUGCUGGAGAGGUCCCCUGCUGCCGCCGAGUCCCCAGGCCCGCCGGGUGAAAGGAGUAUGGACGGGACGGGCCGAAGCCCACCUACUCAUCUCCUCGUUAGAGACAGCAGCACCUACAGCCUGAGUGAUACUGGAUCACACUCAAGUGCCAGGCACUCAGGCCACAGCUCCCCCAGAGAAGAGUCCUCCUCUUCGGCCACCUCCCCUUCAUCUCAGUCCUCAGUGUCCCCCGGGCCCAAAACCUUUUAUCCCCGCCAAGGAGCGCAGUCCAAAUACCUGAUUGGCUGGAGGAAACCGGGCUCCACCAUCAAUUCUGUCGACUUUGGAGAUACACGCAAGAAGUCUCCAGGAGAGAGUGGAGGGGAUGUGGUUCCCACCCCAGCAGCCAGGCCCUCUCUUAGAGAUAUGCACUCUCCCCAGCCUCAUGCCAAAUCUACCAUGGAAGAAGAUGUGAAGAGGCACAGCGCCCCAGACAGCCCCCCACCACCACGCAGACAUAAGGAAAAGCACGCCCACAAAUCACCACCAGGCACCAGGUCUCCGAGCUGCCGUCGCUCGCUCCACCGCACACUGUCAGAUGAGAGCAUCUACCGUGGCCAGCGCCUUCCACCUCUGAGGGACUCGGUGCCCGAACCGGCACUGGGUGCUGAUGUUCUUUUCAGCUGCUCCACCCUUCCACGCUCACCCACCACGCGGGGUGUGCCUCUCCGACGGCCCUCCUAUAAGCUGGGAGUCAAACUCCACGGGGACCUCUCAGCAUCUGACACGUCAUUGGUGGAUUUGGUGGAACGUCACCGUGGACCCAUCCCUCAGGAGCUGAUGCCUCUCCCAUCUUCAGAGAGGGACAGCCCGCUUGAGUGGACACAUCUGGUAGAUGUGGCUAAUACCUUUGAGACUGAGAGAAACCCACACUACGUCCAGAGAAGUUUUGUGUUUGGGGAUUCAAAUCACCGAAGCAGUGGCGCCUCCAGUCCUCAGCAGCCCCACAUAGAGCUGCAGCCCGCUCCACUCUCACGACCCUCAUCUAGUGAAGGUCACAUAGGGCUGGAGAGGAAGGUGACUAAGCUAGAGGCCAUGGUAAAGAUGCUCCAGGAGGACCUGAAGAAGGAGCGUGAGGAGAAGGUGCGUCUUCAGUCUCAGAUCAAGAGGCUCUGGGAGGACAACCAGAGACUGCAGGAAGAGUCGCAAACCUCUGCCACAAAGCUCAAGAAAUUCACUGAGUGGGUCUUCAACACCAUAGACAUGAACUGACUCUCAGUCUCUGCACAAUUCAAUCGCACACGCGCACACACACAUACACACACACACGCACGCACACAAAUGCAUACAUCAGCACAUCUGGACGGAGAAGCACACUGACAAGAAAUCAUUCAGAAGAAAAGUGGAGGUUUAAUCCCAGUUCAGCUGCUGCUGGACUCAGUUACUCUGAUGUUGAACCCUCUAACCACCUUCCAUUGGCUUCACACAUCAGGGCGGUGGUAUUAUUGUCUCAGUGUCCACAGACCAUCUGUUAAACUACUCAGGAUGAGACUCAAGAAAAAUGGGUGUUGCUUAUCAGAUUAUGUCCUCUAUUCUCCUAUGGGACCACGAGAAGGUUGCUGAAUUGAUCUUUCUCUCAUCUUGCUGUGCCAAAAUCUUUCUGCAAAAUUGCCAACGAAGGGGAAAGCUCUCCCCUCCUCUCUUUCCCUCUUCUCACUUUAGAAGUCAACUUCACGGCGAACAUAAAUAAUCUCCUCAUCCUCCGGACAUGCUCGCUCAGAGGAUGCGCUUCUCUUUUUAGGACAGCCGGCAGUAGAUAUCGGACCUUUUUUUUGUGUUUCCUCGUUUUUUUUUUCACUAACUCUUCUUUCCAAAUGUCACCCAUCUUCUCUGAAAAGGUGUCUUUUUCGUGCCAAAUCAAAACCCGCUACAGCCGAGGGUAGCAGAGACAUCCAGGUGACUUGAAAAAAAGAGGAAGUCUCUGAAGUGCCGAGCAAGAGUCAAGACAGGUACGCAACAAAUCUGCCAGCCCAGUUCAUAAUCAUACACACCUGUAAGAGCAGAGUAAUAAACACCCAACACAGAGAAGGUUUUCAUUUCCUUCAAAUGGAGAGCGAAGAAGUUUAGCACCUGUGUUCUCUCUCCACAAAGUUGCUGUGAGAUUCUUCUGACCGCCGAAUGGUCGUCGAGGCUGUUUGUCUCUCAGCCACCAACGUGUAGGCAGCUUGAUCUGCCUCUGCACAGGAGGAAAACUUGGAUUUGUACAGUUAUUUUGUUGUUGUUUUUUAAUUCUCCUCUGGGAGACUCAGAACUGGAUCAGAACAAUCCCGUCUGUCUCUCCAGCACAAGCCAACACCCGACAGAGGAGUGUAUUUAAAAGCCAUCGGCAGCGGUGCCAUAAAACAAGACUGAUAUCCAGAGUGCUUUGGUCCAUCCCAAUUGUAUGUGUCUUAAAAGCAAUAGGAAGAAGUCAGGACUCCUCCUCCUCCUCCGCGCAAAAAAAAAAAAAAAAAGGGAGAGAAAAUUUGAUGUGGGAAAAUGUAUUUUAAAGUCAAGAUUACAUUUAGCAAGAUACUCAUUUCUGCUGCACAAGAGCCUCCGUCUUUCUCCGCUGAAGCAUCUCUGCUGUGAGGAAAAGGAAAGUGAGGACUCCACUCAUCAUCCCACUGUCUGGAAUACAGAGAGCCAGCUGAUAAUAAAUGACAGAGACAUUUUUUAGGAGGGGAAAAAGUUAGAAGGUCUUGUUUUGUUUUUUUUUCCCAGGUUAAUUUAUUUCCUUGUAUUAUAAUUCCAAUAAAUAAGUUGUUCUAUUCGUACAGUACAACUGACAUCAGUGUUAAGUUCCUCAAGACAAAAAAGUCACUAGCUAUAUUAUUUAAAUGGCUUUCUUUCUUAAUUCCGGCUAAAGCCUGACUAUAUACUUUUUAUUCUGUAUUCUGUUGUAUUUUGUGGUGCCCAAGCCUGCUGUCGUGUUGCUUACAGUGCCCUCUAGUGAUGACCAGUGGAAAUGUCAUGAGUAUUAAAUGUGCCGCCAGUCACUCUGUAUUUUCCAAUGCCUCUUCAGCAAUCAGUCAGACAUCGUCCAGGAGGCCACAUGAACCACAGGACAGGACGAGAAAUCACAAGCCAGCUUUGACAGACAAUCAAAGUUCGAGUUUUGAUAAAGGGAGCAGACCUUAGGUAUGCUUGUGUGCGUGUGUAUGUGUUCGUGUGUGUUUAAUGUCUAACAUCUGUAGUAUUCCUCAGGUUCAGUCUUUGUUGAAAACACGAGGAUCUUUUGACGAGUUCCUAAAGUAAUUCAACAAAAAUUGCUUCUAUGGUUAGAUUGAACCCCCCCCCCCCCCCCCCCAAUGACAAAAAGGGAGAUACAAUACCUUACUGUACCAGUGGCAGUGUGUGUUGCCAUUGUGUGAAUGUGCAUCAGUCUAUCCAGCCGUGCCUACUGUCACUUAUUUUGGUCAUUUUCUCCCAGGCAGAGCAGGGAUGUGCCUUUGAAACAGCACCUGGGGAACAGAUGAAAAGGGGGGGGGGGGGGGGCGGGUGAAGCACUCCUCCUUCUUCAUCCUGAAAAAAAAAAAAACACACCUGCUAACAAACACACACGUAUGAUUUUUAAUCAAGUUCACAUUGCACUCCCCGCCUCAUAAAUGUUUGUCCAGGGAAUCUGUUGCGAGGUUUCUGUGUUACUAACAGCCUUUCUCUUGUUCAGAUGAAUAUUUGCACUGAACACAAACAGGCUGAGCAGCCUCCAGAUAUAGACAAGGGGGAGACAAGUGUGUGAGAGUGUAUGGAAAUGUUUGUGUGUGUGUGUGUGUGUGUAUGUGUCCACAUUCAGUUGCAUGCAGUUUCGUUUUUCAAACCUGGCGCUUGUAAUAAGAAAGAAUUGGAAAAAAUAAGUUCCCCUCAAAUUUGAAAGCUUCUUAAAACAAAGUUACUUCCUCUUCCAGGUGUCUGACAUUACAACCUGAGUGUUUGGGCUAACAUCCAAGCCCUUUUCAUGAAAAUCUAAUCUAAUUUCAUCUUAAAAUUAAUGCAAUUUUAACCCUGCAGCAUAUAGCACAACGGCCCCUGGUCUGAAUGUAAAGAGAAUAUAACAAGCCUAAAGAAAUGUGAUGUUUACUCUGACAUAUUCAUUCAGCUCUACAGUUCAGUAGAGAAAUGAGUGGACUCUUUAGAAAAAAAAAUAAUAGAAAAAGCAAAGAAAAAAAGCCUAAAGUAGUCAUGGUUCUGUUUUAAGAAUCUUUUUUUUUUUUUUGGUCUGUAUGCACAAUAACAACACCAGUGGACAGUCGAUAUUUGCUCAGUGAGAUGAUUCAGAAGGUUUAAUAAGUUGGCCAGUUGUGAAAAGCCGUCUGCAUUUUUUGCCUCCAUGGUCAUCCAAUAAUGUGAAAUCCUCAAAAAUAUACACAACAGAUGAGUCAUGUAGGCAGAAAUGUUCCUGAUACAUUUUUUCACUGUAAAUCGUUCUGCAUCGAGUUGGAUGAUACAGUUAUCAACCUUAUACAGAGAAAUAUCCUCACACACGCCAGUCCAGUAAAUGUAGUGCGAAUGUUGUUGUUUUUCAGUGCAUAUAUGUUUUCUUUCCUCAGCUUUGUUUUUUUUUGUUUUGUUGUUGUUGUUGCUUUUUUCAGAGGGGAUAUGGGAAAUGUGAAUGUUUCAAUGUUCCAUUUUGUAAUAUCUUUUACUGUUAAGAACCUUUGCACAAUGUUUUAUAUAAAUGAUUGAGUUUACAGGUUUAUGGAUGAGAAGGGUGAAAUUGAUCCAUUCCUGUGCGAUCUUGUAUAGAUGUGUACUUUGUUGCUCUGUAGUUUUCCUGCCGGCAAAGUUCCUGACAAAUAAACAAACAAGAGGAAGGUGCUCCACUUUAUUUCGCUUCAAGAAACGAGAACGUCUCUUUAUUUUUCCUCAGGCGUCGCCGAUCAGACGAGAGCAGGACUUGGAUGUUGUUUUGUAUGGUAGGGAUGCUUGUUUUCAGUC